UGGAAUUACCCGGGCCGCGGGUCCCCGCGGAGCAUUGAGCAUAACGGUCGGGGUAGCGGAGGCUGGGAGCUGGGCUCGAAUGCCAGGUCGGCAUUCGGCGGCAGCGUCUGCUGCUUCCAGCAUCUGCCAGGCGGGGAGCCGGACGAAGGCAGCGUGCCCCUAACCCUGCUGCGCGGGGAGCCCGGGCUGCACUUGGCGCUGGUCGCCGAGGACCUCAACCACCUGGCGCAGGAGUCCUGCCUCAGUGACGAGAACUGUGAUUUCAGCUCCGCCUAGAAGGGGUCCUCACUGCGCUACUACAUUAAGGGCGAGAGCGGCGGCGGCGGCAGCGGCAGCACCCCGUCGCUGCUGCUGCCGCAGCAGCCGCCGCUGGUCGCGACGAACUCGGGGGGCAGUGGGGCUGCGGGAAUGGGUUUUGAGGAGAGGAAGCAAACCCGGCCCGGCGGCCCAGCAGCCCGACACCGCUACGAGGGGGUGACGGAGCUUGGCCCGGAGAAGUUUCGCUGGUUCUACAAGGAAGACAAGAAGACCUGGAAGCCCUUCAUCGGCUACGAUUCUCUCCGCAUCGAGCUAGCUUUCCGGCCCCUGCUGCAAGCCACUAGCGCUUGGCCCCAGCCCGAGGGCCCGGAUAACCAGCAUGUGUGCGGCCGGACUUCCCCGCUGGACCUGCCCUCUAGCUCCGAAGAGGAAGAGGAGGAGGACCGCGCCUGUGGCUUCUGCUUGAGCGCGGCUGGGCAUGAGCCCCAAAUGGAGGAGCUGGUGAACAUUGAGCCGGUUUGCGUGCGCCGCGGCCUCUAUGAGGUGGAUGUGACCCAAGGAGAGUGCUACCCGGUGUACUGGAACCAGGCUGAUAAAAUACCAGUAAUGCGUGGACACUGGUUUAUUGACGGUACUUGGCAGCCUCUAGAAGAAGAAGAAAGUAAUUUAAUUGAGCGAGAACAUCUCAGAUGUUUUAGGGGUCAGCAGAUGCAGGGAAACUUUGAUCUUGAAGUGUCAAAAUCCUUAGACGGAAAAGAUGUUGUCCACCACCUCCCUCCCUUCUCCCUCCCUUUUCUGUUCAAAUGGAGAGGAUAUAAGGAGAGUACAGAUGCAGCAGGUCUUAAAAGAAAGCGCUCCCAAGCUAUUUAUAGUUUCAAAUUGAGUCCAAACCACGUGGACUGGCAUAGUAUGGAUGAAGUAUAUCUUUAUAGUGAUGCGAUCACAUCUAAAAUUGCAAGAACAGUCACCCAAAAACUAGGAUUUUCUAAAGCAUCAAGUAGUGGGACCAGACUUCGUAGAGGUUAUGUAGAAGAAGCCACAGUAGAAGACAAGCCGUCACAGACUACCCACAUUGUGUUUGUUGUGCAUGGCAUUGGACAGAAAAUGGACCAAGGAAGAAUUAUCAAAAAUACAGCCAUGAUGAGAGAGGCUGCAAGAAAAAUAGAAGAAAGGCAUUUUUCCAACUAUGCAACACAUGUUGAAUUUCUGCCUGUUGAGUGGCGGUCAAAACUUACUCUUGAUGGAGAUACUGUUGAUUCCAUUACUCCUGACAAAGUACGGGGUUUAAGAGAUUUGCUGAACAGCAGUGCAAUGGACAUAAUGUAUUAUACUAGCCCCCUUUAUAGGGAUGAACUAGUUAAAGGCCUUCAGCAAGAGCUGAAUCGAUUAUAUUCCCUUUUCUGUUCUCGGAAUCCAGACUUUGAAGAAAAAGGGGGUAAAGUCUCAAUAGUGUCCCACUCCUUGGGAUGUGUAAUCACUUACGACAUAAUGACUGGCUGGAAUCCAGUUCUACUCUAUGAACAGUUGCUACAAAAGGAAGAAGAAUUCCCUGAUGAACAGUGGAUGAGCUAUGAAGAAAGACAUCUUCUUGAUGAACUCUAUAUAACAAAAGGACGGCUGAGGGAAAUAGAAGAAUGGCUGCAUGAAUUGAAGGCAACGUCCGUAACACAAACACCUGCCUUAAAAUUUAAGGUUGAGAAUUUCUUCUGUAUGGGAUCCCCACUAGCUGUUUUUUUGGCAUUGCGUGGCGUCCGCCCAGGAAACACUGGAAGUCAAGACCAUAUUUUACCUAGAGAGAUUUGUAACCGGUUGCUAAAUAUUUUCCAUCCUACAGAUCCAGUAGCUUAUAGAUUAGAACCAUUAACAUUGAAACACUACAGCAACAUUUCACCUGUCCAGAUCCACUGGUACAAUACUUCAAAUCCUCUACCUUAUGAGCAUAUGAAGCCAAAUUUUCUCAACCCAAAAGAACCUACCUUAAUUUCAGAGAAUGAAGGCAUAUCAACCAUACCAAACCCUAUGACCUCACCAAUCUUAUCCUGCCGACACUAUGGAGAAUCUAUAAGUAAUAUAGGCAAAGCAAGCAUAUUAGGGGCUGCUAGCGUUGGAAAGGGGCUUGGAGGAAUGCUGUUCUCAAGAUUUGGACAUUCAUCUGCAUUCCAGCAAUCAGAGACAUCAAAAGACUCAAUGGAAGAUGAGAAGAAAUCAGUUGCUUCUCCUACUUCCACCGCAGCAACCCAGACUCUUCGACAUAACAGUUCUGGCUUUCUUGAUUCUGCAUUGAAAUUGGAUCACAGGAUCGAUUUUGAACUCAGAGAAGGCCUUGUGGAGAGCCGCUAUUGGUCAGCUGUCACGUCACACACUGCCUACUGGUCAUCCUUGGAUGUUGCCCUCUUUCUUUUAACUUUCAUGUACAAACACGAGCAGGAUAAUGAUGCAAAACCCAAUUUAGAUCCAAUCUGA